AUGGCGGACGAGGCGGAGGGGGUCGAGGCCGAGUCCGGGAACGCGGGCGCGGCUCCUGCGGCCGGAGGCGGCGAGGAAACCAAGUGGAAGAGUGGGAGGCCCAAAGGUAGCCUCAACAAGAAUAACAAGAGCAACAGGGAUAGGACGCCCAAGCCCAAGGCCGGGACCAAGGGGAGGCGGAGGCGGCGCACCAGCGACCGGGCCUUGUCGGUGCCCGCGGUGAGCCUCGGGGAUCUAGGGCGCGGGGUGGCGGCCGGGAUCAGGCCGCUCAGGGAGAGGAGGCCGGCGCCCAAUGCGUUCUUCGACUGGGACAGCGACAGCGAUACUGAGAAUGCUGCUGGGAAGAAGAGGGGAAGGGGAAGACCCAAGAAACUAACAGUAGAACAAGUGGUUAGUAGGUGCCAGUUCUCCAAUGGUGAAACAAACAGGAGUGAUGCUGAGGCAGCAAGGAGCAAGCAGUCAAGGAAUCAUAAGCUUUUGCAGAAUGCAAAGAAGCGGAAAAGAGAUGUAGGGAAAGAGUCUAUGACAAAAAAGUUGAACAAAGUGGAUAAAGAACAAAAGAAGCUCCCAUCCACCAAGGAUGAAACCCUUGAUAAAAAUAAUAUGUUACAGACUGGUCUGGUUUUGUGGACAGGAGUUUCAAUGAAUGAGAUAAAAGUGGAACAAGCUGAGGUUGACCUAGAUGAUCAUGUAUAUUGCGACAGGUGUAGAACAUCUAUUGUUGAUUUUCAUAGAAGCUGCAAGCAUUGUUUCUAUGAUCUUUGCCUUAACUGCUGCAAGGAGCUUCGCAAAGGUGAGAUCCCAGGAGGAGAAGAGGUGGAGUAUGUGCCAGCUGAACCUAAAGGUAGAAGUUAUUCUUUUGGCAAGAUUCCUCUGUCAAAGGAUGCUAAUAGAAGUAAGAACUCCUCAAAUGGUCAGUCUUACAACGGCAUGCCUGCUGUUGGAAACCCCAAUAACGGUCUGUUGCUCUGGAAAACAAAGAGUGAUGGUAACAUACCUUGUCCACCAAAGGAAGUAGGAGGCUGUGGUAAUACACUUCUGGACCUCAAGUGCUUGUUUCCAGAGAAGAUGCUUGCUGAGAUAGAAGAUAGAGCUGACAAAGUUCUCAGGAGCGAGACAUUAGCUAAAGCAAUGGUUAGUAGAAGUGAUCGGUGCCCUUGCUUUGAUCAUUCAGGCAAGAUAAGAACUGAAAGCAAAUCAGUACGGGAGGCUGCAAGCAGGAAGGACUCAAGUGAUAACUUCCUAUACUGUCCAGUUGCUACUGGUAUUCAAGAUGAUGACAUAGUGCAUUUUCAGAUGCAUUGGGCAAAGGGUGAGCCAGUUGUUGUUUCUGAUGUCCUUCAGUUAACCUCUGGUCUGAGUUGGGAGCCAAUGGUGGAAAUUAACAUACAUAAGUUCUUUUCGGGAUAUACAACAGGCAGAACUCAUGCUAGGACUCACUGGCCUGUGAUGCUUAAACUAAAAGACUGGCCUCCUUCUAGUUCCUUUGACAAGCGAUUGCCGCGUCACGGUGCCGAAUUUAUUAGCGCAUUGCCAUUUCGUGAGUAUACUGAUCCACGAUAUGGCCUGCUAAAUCUUGCCGCCAAGCUUCCUGCUGGUGUCUUGAAACCAGAUCUUGGACCCAAAAGUUACAUUGCUUAUGGGUUCUACAAAGAGCUAGGCAGGGGUGAUUCUGUGACCAAGCUUCACUGUGACAUAUCUGAUGCGAGCAAGAUCUGCAGGAACUAUAUGGGGGGUCUCAAACCCCGCACCGAGCUCAAGUUGUCACCAGCUCCAACUGAAUGCAAGAAUGAAUCUGUUGAUGAAGGAUUGAAGACCUCAUAUAGUAGAGAAGACAAGUGUGUCAAUAGAGACAAUCAUAAUGGUUUGGACAUCAAUGCUUUACCACUUGACGACGAUGAAGAUGAUGCAAAUGAUAAAGAAUUAUCUCAUGGAUCAGAAUCACAAAGUGAACUAGGUCAGUGUGCAGAUCACAGCAAUGGGGUCAACACAACUGAUGGGAUGCACAAUGGAGGUCUUUACAUUUCACACAAUCGAAAGAGCACGGACAUGAUACAACUCAAGAAAGUUGGCAUUAAACCUCAAGAAGAGAAAUCUGAAAAGAUUGAUUGCAGUGGCAUUGAUGCUUAUCUAAAAGGAAGUAUUGAACCCUGGACGUUUGAACAGAAGCUUGGUGAAGCUGUUUUCAUUCCUGCUGGAUGUCCUCACCAAGUGAGAAAUUUGAAGUCCUGCAUCAAAGUUGCUCUCGAUUUUGUUUCCCCAGAAAAUGUUGGUGAGUGUGUUAAGUUGACUGGGGAGUUUAGACGACUUCCUUCUUUCCACAGAGCUAAAGAAGACAAGCUAGAGAUUAAGAGGAUGGCUCUUCAUGCCCUGAACGAAGCUGUAAAUUUCUUGGAUCCUUGUUCCUCAGAAGGACUGAGGGAGUAUGUGCAGUUAUUAUAUUUUUCAUGGAUCGAGGAGGCAGCAUAUCAAUCUCAGAUUGUGGACUACCAUUGCAUCUAUACGGGAUACUGGACAGAUGACAACGGAGCAAAACUGAAGGUUGCCAAACCAUGCUACCAAUUGCCUAGAUUGAUUGAUGACUCCUGGGCAUACAUGGUUGAUGAUGAUUCAUUCCAAGGCACUCAGUCCAAAACGAAAGCAUCAGUAUGGUAA